UGCCACAAGUCUUAUAUUUAUUGUGUUACCAAACUGGUAAUAUUAUGAAAGUUACGAAUUUGGUAUAUUUUUGGACUUUAAAUAUAACAUUUUGAAAUUUCGUUUGCGGUCACCUUGUGCAUGAGCAUCAAUUUAUAAAUUGACAUCACAACUACAAUAAAAGUUUGAACAAAACGUAAGAAAAUAAAGUGCUUAAUUUAAAAAAUAACAUUUACAAAAUUAGUUGCAACGCUUCGCUCGCGAGGCUGCCAAAUGUGCAGACGUGUUUGAUCUUCAUUGAGUGUAAUAAAAAGGUCAGAGCGUCUAGUUUGGUCGGAGAGAUCAUCUGUAGAAACUUUUUGCUCGUGCAAAAUGAGUUCCGUUGGCGUUGGUAAUAUCGUUGAAGCCCCCAUUUUAAAUGUGCCUGGUCGAAGUCAAACCAUUUGCCGUUAUUACUUGCGCGGUAUUUGUCGAUUCGGUGACCUUUGUCGCUUCUCCCAUGAUUUAACUCGAGGCCAUCCUGAAGGUGAGCCGGGUGCUAUAAACAAUACAGCAGCAACUAAAGCAUCCGACGAUGCCAAUGAAACCGAUGUGGAGGAGAUUCCCAGCACCAGCCGAAACAAUUGGGUUAACGCAUCUAUCUUUGUGCCUGGUCAAAAGUGUUUUGUGACCCAAAGUCAAAGUCUCUGUGGAAAUGACCACGACGAAAAUGAAGAAUCCGUUGCUGCGACGGCAACUGUCAGUACAGCUUUACAAAAUGGUAUCUCAUGGGCGCGAAUUGUCGGUGGACCUGACGUUGGUGUUGUGAAGCACGCAGAGUGUCGCUCAUUAGACGAUGUUUGCCCCUACGAAAGUCCCUGUCCCUAUGCUCAGUAUUGUCCCUAUCGCAUACAUAUGGAGCUUUGCGAGAUGUGCGACCAAUACUGCCUGCAUCCCACGGACCAAGCGCAGCGUAAGAAGCACAAUCGCGAGUGUUUGCAGCAACAUGAACAGGCCAUGGAAUUGUCUUUUGCGAUUGCCCAGUCCAAGGAUAAGACAUGUGGUAUCUGCUUCGAUACUAUCAUGGAGAAAGCCGGCAGAGAGAAACGCUUUGGCAUAUUGCCCAACUGCAAUCACAUAUUUUGCUUGGAAUGCAUUCGAACAUGGCGUCAAGCCAAACAGUUUGAGCAUAAAAUAACGCGAGCUUGCCCCGAGUGUCGGGUGUGUUCCGACUUUGUUUGCCCCAGCGCCUUUUGGGUUGAAACAAAAGAGGAAAAGGAUAAACUGCUGAAUGACUAUCGCGCCGCUCUCGGUGCCAAGGACUGCAAGUACUUUAAAAAAGGCGAAGGCAAGUGUCCAUUUGGCAACAAGUGUUUCUACAAGCAUGCACUGCCCAAUGGCGAUCUUGUGGAUGUUGGAUUGCCAAAACGAGCAAGGAAAUUGCAUAGCCAGAAUGAUUUAAUAGAUUUACUCGAUAUCUAUCUUUGGGACUACGUAGAUCGACGUGAUUAUCAUUGGCUGGAUUUAAUGUCAAGUGAUAUAAGCGAUAUUUCCGAAUCCGAUGAGGAUGAUCAAGAUCAAUAAUAUUAUCGGAUCAACUAUAAGUAAUAAAAAAUACAUGCAUAACUAAAAGUUAGAUAAAACAGCAAAAACUGCAACAAAAAAAAAAAGAAAAUACAUAAUAUAAACCUUACAAUGCUGAUAUAUAUAUAUAAUACUGCAUGAUAAAAUCAAAUGUGUAAUUAAAAGUAAGAGAUCAUUUAAGUACCAAAAUUUUUGUUUACGUACGGAAAUAAAUACAUAUAUAUUUUUGCCCAACACAACGCAACGAAAUUAACAGCAAAUUUUCCGCAAAUACAAAGAAAAAACAACUAUGUAAAGAAAACCAAAAACAAGUGGUUAAAAUAAAUUUAAGAAAUUAAUAUUGUAAAA